UGGACAAAGUGAUUGUACUGCAGACAUGGUGCGAGGCGGCAUCGACCCAACGGCGUAGGACUGGUCUUGUAAUUUGCACCUGCAAGCCUCGUCAUUCCCUUCAUGCUUCCUGCAAGGGACCAAGCGAACUGGCUGUGUCGUGCUUUGUUCACACUUGAGGGUGUUUUGCAUUCUGCCCUGCUGGAGAUCCCGGUCAGGUCAAGCAAAGUGAUGUCAGUGUCCGGCUCCGUCUUCGGCUACUACCUACAAACAGCAAUGCACAUAGUUGAUAGGGUCGUGCUUGUAGACGUGGACGGGAGGCAAAUAGACGACCCAGGGGGAGCUGAUUGUCAGCGGCAACAUCUCCCACCUGACCUCGUUUAUUACUCCCUUCCUCCCUCCCGUCUCCGGCUUAUCCAACAGACUCGCACCACACACACCGGUCCCGUCCCUCCAUGUGACAAGUGGUCGGGACUAGGACCGGCCGCUCACGGCUCGGCAGCGGGAGUGGUGAAAACAGAGGCGGCAACUAACGACAAGCCGGAUGCUGUGCUGCCCUGGCACACGUCUCAUUGGGUGCGCUUGUGGCGAUCGAAUGGCUUCGUCCCAUUGACUGUGCUCGUAUGGCCACCGACUUUUUGGGAAAUCCGGUAUGUCCACGUGCCUAGAGCUAGGGUGUUGGCUGAUGGGGGCGAUUUGUGAUUUUGACUCACAUAUUCUGGACAACUCACGUCAGAAGUGCGGUUUGACAGCCACCCAAACACCAAGACACCAAAGGUGCGACUUGUUAUCCACGUAGCGUAGAUACACACCGACAUGCAUAUUCAGGCAAGUUACAUUUACAAACAGGCUUCAUCUUUCGGCUACCGUGA